AUGCUUGUGUCAUCGAGGUCAUUUGCAGUCAAAAGUCGAGUCAAUCUCAGACUAGUGUUAUCCGGGACGUGUUCGGUCGUCAUGCCACCUACAAUGAGUUCCCAAGUGGUGGGCGGUGCUCCUGUGUUCAAGAGGUGCAAGUCGCACGCCAAGGCUGCGAGCCGCGGCGAGUAUCGCGGUCGCGAUCACGGCCAGGGUCACAGCCAUAAGAGCUUUUAUCCUGCAGAGAAACUCACAAUUGCGGAUCUCAACGAAAACGUGCUCAACGCAAAAUACGCUGUCAGGGGGUCCAUUCCGAUGAGAGCGGAGGAACUGCAAGGUCAAUUGCACAAGAACCCCGGCUCGCUGCCCUUUUCGAAGAUCGUGAACGCCAACAUUGGUAAUCCGCAGCAGCUGAAGCAGAAACCGCUAAGUUUCUACAGACAGGUUUUGUCGAUACUGCAGUAUCCGGAGAUCCUGGAGCAGGGUGAGGAGAAGCUGAUCUCGGCUGGCGUGUUCAAAAGAGACACUAUCGAACGUGCCAAGAGAAUUCUGAACGACGUUGGUGGGUCUGUGGGUGCAUAUUCAUCCUCUCAAGGUGUUUUAGGUAUUCGGAAAACGGUUGCGAGUUUUAUUACCAAGCGGGAUGGCGGUGAGUUGGCGUAUCCUGAGGACAUUUUCCUGACGGCAGGUGCAUCUGCUGCUGUGAUGUAUCUGUUGUCAAUUUUUUGCAGAGGUUCUCAAACGGGUGUCUUGAUUCCGAUUCCACAGUAUCCGCUGUAUACCGCAUCUUUGGCGCUCAAUAACUCCCAUGCAUUGCCUUAUUAUUUGGAUGAAGCAUCAGGUUGGUCAACAAAUACAAAAGAAAUUGAACAAGUGGUGAAUGAUUCUAUAGACAAGGGAAUAAAACCAACGGUGCUAGUUGUGAUUAAUCCAGGUAAUCCUACGGGUGCCGUCCUUACUGAGGAUGCAAUUGCUGAUAUUUUUGUAGUUGCUGCAAAAUACGGUAUUGUCGUUAUCGCUGAUGAGGUAUAUCAAGAGAAUGUUUUCUCUGGUCCAAAAUUCGUUUCAAUGAAAAAAGUGCUGAGAAAAUUACAAAGGGAAAAACCAGGUUAUUUCGACAACGUUCAAUUAGCUUCAUUGCAUUCCACUUCGAAAGGUGUCUCUGGUGAAUGUGGUCAAAGAGGUGGCUAUAUGGAAUUGACAGGUUUCGGUCAAGAGGUUAGACAAGUAGUCUUGAAGUUAGCUUCCAUUUCUUUAUGUCCGGUAGUUACCGGCCAAGCACUGGUUGAUUUGAUGGUAUCACCACCACAACCUGGCGAUGAUUCCUACGAGCAAGAUCGAUUUGAGCGUGAUACGGUUCAUGAUGAGCUAAACCGUAGGGCUGCUUUACUUCACAAGACUUUCAACUCUUUGGAAGGUAUUGAAUGCCAAAAACCACAGGGUGCAAUGUAUCUCUUUCCAAGGUUACUACUACCGUAUAAAGCAGUGCAAGCAGCUCAGCAUGCCGAACUAGGACCAGAUGAAUUUUAUUGUAAAUCUUUAUUAGAAGCAACUGGUAUUUGUACUGUUCCUGGUUCGGGUUUUGGUCAAGAACCAGGUACUUAUCAUUUAAGAACCACUUUCCUAGCUCCCGGUACAGAAUGGAUAAAGCAAUGGGAAGAUUUUCAUAGGGAAUUUUUCGACAAAUAUCGCGAUUAA